AUGUCUAAUUCAAAUACCACUAACUUUAAUCCUGAGUCUUCUGAAUCUACCCGCAUUAUUCAGUCCCAACCCUUUAGGCCUCGUCCCCCAAUCACCACUGAGGAGCGUAUUGCCGUUUUUAAACGAUUGCUUGAUCCGAAUGAUUCCCUCUAUACCCCAUCUCAGCUGAACAAUGUAACUGCUGUGGUACAUCUUUACCAGCAAGGUAACAUCACAGUUGACGAUGAGAUCUUUGUGGUCGAUGGACAUAUCGCUAGUGAAGAAGAAUGUAUCGCGGCGAAAAACCCAUAUUUUUGGGAGGCUAGUUGA